AUGAGCAACCUCACGUUCGCCAUCAUCGUCGGCUCUGUGCGCCCGACCCGCAUGGGCCUCCGCGUCGGCAAGUACUUCCAAGCCAAGCUCCUCGAGAAGGCCGUCAAGAAGGUCCACCUCAUUGACCCGGCGCCGCUCCAGAUCCCGCUACUCGUCGACAGCUUCACGUCGCUGCCCGAGGCCGACCGCUCCGAGAGUCUCAAGACACUUCAGGCCCAGUUCGCCGAGAGUGACGCGAUCAUCGUCAUCUCGCCCGAGUACAACCACACCUACUCGCCCGUGCUUUCCAACCUCAUGGACUACUUUUACCACAACGAGUACUACUACAAGAGCGCAGGCAUUGUGACCUACUCGAUGGGGCCGUUCGGCGGCGUCCGCGCGCUGAGUCCACUCCGGCCAUUCUUGAGCGGUCUGGGCCUGACAUCGAUUCCGCUCUCGGUGCCCGUGCCGUCGGUGCAUGCCGUGUUGACCGAAGACGGUCAGCUGUCGGGGGACGCCAGCGGCGCGUUCUUGGAGAAGAGCAGCGAGAGCUUCGUUGCCGAGCUCACGUGGUUUGCAGACGCGCUUCAGACGGCCCGCGACAAGAGCCAAGCGUAG